CUAUUUUCUAUAUUUAUACAAUCACAUAAUAAUAACAUGGAUGGAAAUGACGCCUUCUCGAGGAUAUUAGAGACAAAGCGUAGACCACAAUCACGUCAAAGUAUAAACAGAUUUUCGCGUGUAUUUGAACCAAGUCAUCUUGAUAAGCCAACUCCACCAUCGAAGCCUCCUUUGCUAAGGGAGCAAAUAAUAGACGAAGUUCCACUUACCUUUAAAGACAUUCGUGCGAAAUUUCAAAACGAGUCAAGUAUACCUAUUCAGCCCAAGACCCACUAUCGACCACCAAUACCUUUGAAACCUUCCAAGACAGGACCAGCAUUACCCGAGAAAGUGAUUAUACCUGCUAGAACUGGUCCACCUACUUUACCCACCAAACCCAAAUUAAGAAAUGAAAUGCCUGAACAACCUCGAUCACGACCAGACACUUCUUUAUAUAUGCCCAACGUUAUUCCUCGCACAGAAACUGGAAACAGUAGCAUCGUGAGCACAUCUUCUACUUCCAGUUCACAAUACUCAAACAAGAAAGGCUGGCAUUCGAGUAUGAUUAGCAGUUGGUUUAGUAGCAGUAGUAGUAAUAACAACACCCCUCAACAGCAACAAGAAGCACUCAAGAAUUCUAUACGAAGGCAGCCUACAACCGAAACAGUAGAUUCAUUUGGUACAGUAUCACCUCAAGUCACAGGAUCAAAGCGUAAAAAGGUCAUGACAGAGUUGCUCGAGACAGAAAGAGCCUACCAAAAGGAUAUGUCACUACUAAAGGAGAUAUACUAUGAUCAAGCUGUAGAGUGUCUUUCAAGGUCAGAUGUACGGCAUUUAUUUAGCAACCUGUUGGAUAUUGUCGAGUUUGAAAAGUCAUUUGUGGUCUUACUCGAACACUCAUAUGAACAGGAUACGAUAGGAACAGCUUUUAGAGAAUCAAUGCGUACCAUAGAUAGUAUUUAUAGUGACUACUGCAAGAGGCACGAAGAUGCUGUGUUAAGAUUACAGGAACUGGAGACACAGGCAGAAGCUCAGGCAUUUUUAAAUAAAUGUCAAGAGCAGCUUCAGGGGAAAACAACUAGCUGGGAUCUAGGUAGUUUACUGAUUAAACCUGUGCAGAGAGUCCUCAAAUAUCCACUGUUAUUAAGAGAGAUUCUAACGCUUACCUCGCCUACACAUUUGGAUCAUGAUGAUCUUGCUUCUGCGCUCAAAGAAAUAGAAGAAGUAGCAGAGAAUAUUAAUGAGAUCAAGAGAAGAAAGGAUAUUGUGGAGAAAAUAGUUGGUGAUAAAAAGAAGACAGAUAUUAAUGUGGUACAUGGUAUCAACAAAAAAUUCACGAGACGUGCUCAGCGUUUAAAGCAAGCAACAGGCUUUGCUGUGGAACCAACCCACGAUAUUCUGUUUGAAGCACUACAUACAAAAUUUGAAGAACAGCAAGAAAACAUUCGACAGUUGGCUAGAGACGUACAGGGCUGGGUGCGACAUAUAAAGAUCAUGUUUGAAAAUCUACAUCAACUUGCAUGUAACUUUGAUACAUUCUACAGCUCUUGGGGUGGUGUUCGAGUGAAGAGCAUGUCAAACAUACAAGAAUUUAGUAAAAUGGCGUCUCACUUAUCAGUAUCGCUAUCUAGAGAAUUAGAUAAUGACGUCCGUGGGUUUGUCUAUAGUCGCAUUGAUGAAUUCUUAAAGGUCUUUGAAAAUCCAGCUCAAGUGAUUCAUAAACGGUCAUUAAAGAUGAUAGAUUAUGAUCGGGUACGAGACAUGAAAUCUAAGGGGGAUAUCCCAGACAAAGCGCUUCAAGAGUCUGCUGAUGCCUACGUUUCUAUCAAUGCACAACUUGUGGAGGAACUUCCCAAGUUCUUUGAAUUGACUGCCAAGUAUUUUGAUAUUCUCGUUGGUGGAUUAGCGCAUGUUCAAACCAAGUUUUAUAAACUCAUGCAACGAGAAUGGACAAAGCUAGUCGAGCAGCAUUUGGGAGAGAAGGCAGCGUCAGGCUAUGCGGAGAUUAUCACAAAAUAUAUGCAGCAGUAUGAAAGACUACAGGUCAUUGCUGAUCAAAUUGAUAUACUGCAUCCUGAUCGUUAUGUGACAAGAACAGAAAGUAGCUCUUCUUUUGACCAACGAUCUUUACGAUCCUUACAUUCAUUAAAUUCUACAGCAUCUAGCAAAGUCUACACAUCCCAACCAAGUUUUACAUCACAGGAAAACCUCCCACAUGACUUUGAAUGUGUGGUGCUUUACGACUAUCAGCCAUAUGAAAAAGACAAGUUGAAUGUGAAAAGAGGUGAUAUCCUAGUUGUACACCAAGACGAAGAUCACAUGGAUCCAGAUUGGUGGUAUGGAACACUUAAGGAUAGUGAUUCAUCUGGUUGGGUUCCUAUUAACUAUUGUCAGAGACUGUAAUACGUUGUAUAUAUAUAUAUAUAUAAUAUAU